AUGGCGGACGGCACAUUUGAAACGAGCUCUGUUAGUUGGUGUAGCUCCAAUACGGAUCUAAUUAUUUCGUGGAACUAUGCUCUUGGUAAUUUGUCUUUCAAAGGUAAAAUUGGAGAUAUUUUGGAAACUUUACUUGCUCAUAUAAGCACAACAACAGUGACUGCCACAUUGUCGGAUAGUAAAUUUCCCGACCCCGUUCUGUCUACCGAGGAUAAAUCGUCGCAUGUCGCCCAAACUACGUUGGAAGCUGGCGGAAAGGGUAUAGACAGCGACAGUAUUGAACCUAAUCAUGAACCAGUAAUACCUGUUUCUGACAGCUCAACUGUUUAUGAUAGUUUACCUCUAGACCAACUACACGAAUUUAUUGAUGUAUCAUACCAAAAGACCUUGGCAUAUGAAUUAUCCCUUGCCCCAUCUAUCGACAGUCCAACCCCUUUUAAGCCACAACCUGUCAAAUCUUCGACCCUGAACCCUGUACAAGAACAGUUCAAUAUAUUUAAAGAAAAUAUCGAGUCCAAAGUAACGGCUUAGAUGACAAAAAUUGCAGAACAAACUAAAAUUGUUGAGAAUAAUAACCAUGAGGAGUUUUGCAAAUUGUCUAAUGUAUGAAAAUCGGCAUUUGAAAUCACUAUUAUCUGACUUGGAGAAGACAUUCUACGCGAAGAAAAUCAGACCCCUGCGAUCUAACGUAACGACCCUAAUCUUGGUGGAGCACGAUAAAAAAAUGUGUAAUUCCAGUAAAAAUCAACAGAUUUUCCUCACAAACUCUGAAAAUGGAGAACCACUGACAUCUUCAGAGUCAACUGAAGAAAUUAAUAAUUACCUAGCUUGUCAACUUGACUAAAGAUUAUGUAAAGAUCUCGGACGACCACCAGAUAACGGGCCAGAGUCUAACACUUCCCCUUGUAUCCAGGGCAUCAGUGACCACAGUGGAAAAAACUCAGUCAAAUAAAUGUUAAGAAGUCAACUGACCCUUUCAACCAGCCUCAGAAAAUCAUAAAACGCUUUCCCAUUAACGGAUAUUAUCAAUACAUCUUUUCGAGAGAAACGUUUUGGAAAGAUUUGGAAAGCGUAUAAUUGCUGUCCUAUUCCUAAAGUUAAACCAUGCACAGAGACUGAAAAUGUGAGACCAAUAGCUAUAACCAGUAUUUUUUCAAAGAUUCAAGAAAGUUAUGCUAUGGAAUGGAUGCUUGAUGAUGCAAAUGAAAACAUUAACGACCGACAGUUUGGAGGAUUGCUAGGCUCGUCACCUGUGCUAGCUUUACUAGAGAUGUUUCACAUGUGGUUUGCUGCUUUGGAGAAACCCAACACAGUUAAUUAUUCGCAUAGUAUUCCUCGAUUUCUCAAAAGCAUUCGAGCUCAUUGA